CAGUCGGGGUCGAACAUUUGUCAGUUGAAAAAAAAAAAAAAAAAAUUGAAAGUUAGUCCAUUUCAUUGUUGUUGUUGAAAUUUUUUGGGGUUGUCGUCUCGGGGACUAAGAAGCGUGACGCGAAAAUGAGCAGCCACAUGUCGAGCAAGGAUCGGCGUCAGUAUUUCGUCUCACACGUGACCACCUCUCAUAAGAGCGUGGACUUUGCAGAUUACGACUCGUCGGCAACAAUAAUAGACGGUCAGGUGGCCAACGAACGUGGAUCGACGCCAAGUACGUCACCAACGUGUGACGCUGACUCGCUUCCCUCGUCGGCGGCCAUCAACGGCCGCGAUCCCAUCGCAGCCGCGUCUCAGUCUCCUUUCUGCGCAGCACAGAAGGUCGAAACGAAAUCUCCUGCCGCUCUCAAAUCCAUCAUCAAAUAUCCGCAACAGACGACCGUCGUUCAGCCUCAACGCGAGCCCGUUCAACAUCAGCAAUCGAUCGAAUUCGAAUUGAUUCAACCUGCGACGCGUACCCAACUCGAUUGUGAACUCGUCUUCACCAGUGAACGCAUCAGCCAGCAGCCGGAAGAGGAACCGCCAAAGCCGCCGACCGUCAUCUCCACGGCCAACAUCAACAUGUCGAACAACGAAGGCAGCGCCAAUCAACAACCGCCCGCCAUUUCGGUUAACGGCAACGAGGUGGCCGUUAACGGAUCGGAUCCGUCGGAUCUGUUCGACCCGUGGUGCGACCCCAAUCGGCCACGGAUCGUCCAAUUCCAAGACAUUAGCGCGGCGGCUUUUAAAAUCAAGAGCGGCAUUAUGGUGACGCCGUGCACCCGCUCCCAUUUGUCCAACCUGACUGGAACUCAAAUCUUUUUCAAGAAAGAUUUCCUCCAAUACACUGGCAGCUUUAAGGAAAGAGGAGCCCGUUACACGUUACUGAUGCUGCCAGAAGCCAAUCAGAAACAAGGAGUGUGUACCGCAUCGGCCGGUAAUCACGCUCUGGCUCUUUCUUAUCACGGCCAAGAAUUAGGUAUUCCAGUAACGGUCGUCAUGCCUAUCGUAGCGCCCAUAAUGAAAGUCCAAUCAUGUCGUCAAUUUGGCGCCAACAUCAUCAUUCACGGCCGUGAUAUUGGCGAGUCACGCGAGUACGCCAUGCGCCUGGCCAAGGAAAAGGGCCUAACGUACAUUAAUGGCUACGACCACCCGCACAUUAUCGCUGGCCAAGGGACCAUGGGACUGGAAAUCGUCGAACAGGUGAAGAACGUUGACGCUGUCGUGGUACCUGUGGGAGGAGGCGGACUCAUAGCCGGAGUGGCCCUGGCCGUCAAAUCCCUCUACCCACACAUUCAAGUCAUCGGUGUCGAGUCGGAGCGUUGCGCCAGCUUCAGCAGUGCGCUUAAAGUCGGCCAGCCUAUUUACACCAAAGCCGAUUCGACGCUAGCCGACGGUCUGGCCGUCCCUAAAGUCGGUAUCAACUCACUGGCAACGGCCGCUCCGCUUGUCGACAAGUGUGUCGUCGUCAAGGAAGAAUACAUCGCUAUGGCUAUCUUGAGGUUGGUGGAGAUUGAAAAAGCCGUUGUGGAAGGAGCGGGAGCCUGCGGACUGGCGGCUAUUCUGGCGGGUCUUUUGCCCGAAUUAAAAGGCAAACGAGUUGUCAUUCCCUUGUGCGGUGGCAAUAUCGAUACGACCGUCUUGGGUCGUUGUCUCGAGCGCGGUCUGGCCGUCGAUGGCCGUUUGGUCAAGUUCAGCGUAACCGUCUCUGACCGUCCAGGCGGAAUUGCAGAACUCUGUCGCUUGAUGGCAAACUUGGGCGUUUCCAUUAAAGAUAUUUUACACGAACGCGCUUGGCUCAAGAGCGACAUCUUUAGCGUCGAGGUCCGAGUGAUGUGCGAAACGAGGGAUGUGGAACACGCUGUCGAAUUGGAACGGGCGUUGAAGGAGCACUACAACAACGUCCACUUUGGAAAAAUGGCCGAUGCUCUGGGCGGCAGUGGACUGACCGUCGACGAGGUCAUGGAUUCACGUUCCCCAUUGAUCUGAGAGAUACAAUCUCAAUUUCUCAAUCUACCCUACACUUCAAAGAGAGAUAUGCACAAAAAGAGGCCUAGAUUCGUUCGAUUUACAAAAAAAAAAAAAACGGGCAUGUUUUCUCGUUGUUUCCUCGUCUUAGUUUUCGCUUAAAUUUACUGGUUGUUGAUGGGUGAAUGAUUGAUCACGGCGGUGAUAUCUAUACACAUGUCAAUUAAAAAGAAAUGCGUGCUAGAAAAAUAUUGAGCCUACCUUUGAGGUGGACGUGACUCGAUUUAUCCCGAUCCAGCAAAAUGUAGGUCGAGGCUAUAUUUCACGACGCACUGCAAGUAUGGAUAGAAAAAUAAAAAAUUUGAAAUUCAA